GGCCUGAUGCGUUGCGGGUCUGGGAGCUGCACGUGACUUACGGCUUUCUUGGCACUGUGGUGGGCAGUCUGCAGUCUGCCGCAGGGUUAGGUGAUUGCCAGGUCCGCCCAGGCCCCCAACUUUGCCUCGGACGACUCCCACAACAGCAACAACCUAGGAGUACCAAUUCUUCGUAAGCUCUUUUUGUUACGUUGGUAUAGUAGUAAAUAAACAUGCACUCCGUGCCUCAGACCAGAUCCAUUUCCUAUUCCUUUCUUCGAGCUGCCAGUGACGCUCUCCUCUUCCUCUGAACAGCCCAUUUAAGUACCCAAUGAGUCCGUGUUCACGGUUUAUGGGAUUUCUCGAGGAAUCGAAGUAUAAAAUGCCCAUGCUAGCUUACCCACCCAAGCACGCGGCUUCUGACGUCCAUUUACUCAACUGGGCGACAGAGACCCAAAAUGUGCACGUCGUAUUACAUCAAGUACACUUGCCAAUGCAAGGAGAUGGAGUUCGUGCAGUGUGAGGAACGCCAGGGGACCAACGUCAGGUGCACGCCGGUCACGAAGAGACACCGCAAGGAUGCUCAAAACUUCUGUGAGAGCCACCUCGUGUAUUCAAAUACCCCGCGGACGUAUAUCACCGAACCUAAGCCCCAGGAUGCCGAACAGUAGGAGAGGCAACAAAAGUCCGUGAAUAAUAGGGAUGUAUGUUGUUAGCUUUUGCUGGUGUCAGAACAACUAUGGAGAGGCGUGCUUGCGGUUAUAUUUAGUACCUAGGUAGGAACUCGGGGCCUCUCUAACUUGCACCUCGUCCCACCACACACUCAUCCGGCUCUUUAGCGGGAGGUUCUCCCAAGGACACUGUAGGCAAGAGGCUAUUGGAUAGCCAUCACUCACUUUUUAUCUACUCCCAGUUCACCUGCCGCCCUUCAGACCAAGGAUGGGACGUAAAUUCCCAUUCAAGAGGCCGAGUCCCUCCUUGAGUCGUUUUCCACAUGAUUUGGGCCUGGUCGCAC